AGGAAGUGGUGAAAACAGAACAAGUGAGUGUCCAUCCUGAUAUUCCUUCAAAGAAGUAUUGAGUAAGCGUUUCCAAAGCCUGAUGAAUGUCCACCCAGUGUCUUUGGGCUGAAUGUCAAGACACAGAGAGGAGUCUGUGAGCCUGUGUGUGCUCCUUGGAUCACUUUCCAUGAUUCACAAAGGAUAUCCCACGCUGCCUCCCUCCCAGCAUUGUUUCCCCGGCCAACUCUUGCUCCCAGUCCUGCUCCAUUCCCGCCCUUCUUUCAUACAGUUUCCUGCCAAUAAUGUUCAAUCCCGCGUUUGACAAAGCUGGAUGACUCUUCUAGCGCUAAAUAUGGACACUGGGUGGGUGAACUAAUCCCAGGAUGAUUUUAAAGGCGAGUCAAGACGGACUAGGGUGAGUGAAAACACAAACAAGCUGAUUUUGAGGGAAAGAUCUUUUCAAGUCAUCGCAGCACUAUCGAUAUUCAUGUGAGUCAGGGGGCCGCAGACAUCUCGAUGGACAUAGACCGCCUGAACAGGAAUGCGCCAGAGAGUGGCUCACAAGCCCGCCAGGUGUUAAAGAGCACUCCACUGGAUGUGAUCGAGACUGGAAAGGGAUUGAAGUUCCAGGCUGAGCGCCCUCAUCUCGUCAGCCUAGGUAGUGGACGUCUGAGUGUUGCCAUUACUCUGCUGCCUCUGCCUGAGGGCCGUACAACUAUAGGUCAUGGUCCGAUGGACAUCAACAUCCAAGGCCCGGGGGUGGAAGCUCAACAUUGCUUCAUAGAAAAUAGGUCAGGGGUCAUCUUGUUACAUCCCUGCGGGAAUCUAUGCGCUGUUGAUGGACUCCAAGUGACACAACCUAUCCGCUUGUCCCAAGGCUGUAUGCUGUGUUUUGGUCAGUCAGCCUUUUUUCGCUUCAACCACCCUGAAGAAGCCUUGAGGAUGAAGAGCAUGAUGCCCCCAGGAGGCAACGUCUCCACAGGGGACUACAGGCCAUGUGCAGGCACGGAGAACCUGGUGAAUGGGAAUCAUCAGGCCAGUCCAACGCAGUCUUCCCAAGAAACGAGUGAGAGAGUCCAAUCUGAGCACAGUGCAAUUGUAAGCUCUAUUGAGAAGGACCUCCAGGACAUCAUGGACUCCUUAGUCAUGGAUGACCUGGAACCUUGCUCCUCUGAAGACAAAAAGCCUCCUGGGGACCAACCAGUUACUCAUUCCCCCCUGUUACCCAUGGUCAAUGGUGGGAGCAGGUAUUUGCUAUCCCCUCCUACGAGUCCUGGGGCCAUGUCCAUGGGAUCCAGCUAUGACAAUACAUCUCCACCCUUUUCUCCUCUCUCAUCCCCUUCAGCAGCUAGCAGCGGUAGCUUUACUAGUCCAUCUCCUGGUGGAGCACCCCAGGACCACAUUUCUUCUCUGCCACCAGUGCCUGCACGCUCCUCGAGCUACAACUUCACCAGCCAUUCACAACUUGUAUCCCAGCCAGGGGCCAACCUACCUAACUUUAAUGGUGGUGGCGUAGGUCAGAAGGUACAAGAAAGCCCCAGACUACAAAGGAAAGCCUUAGGGGAGGCGCCACUAAGUCCUAAACCUAAUAUAGUAUGCCAAGAUGCGUCAGAGAUUCGCAGACAGACCCCACUUUUGUCUUCGAAUGAAUCUCUCAGUAGCAGAACUAUUGUGCCAAGUAGCCCUGGUUUCAAUCCCAAAUUCCCAACGUGUUCCUCCAUGUCCGCUGGUAUGAGGACCAAGACAGCCACAGUGCUUCAUGAAAGGCCUGCCAGCCCUUUUAAGGGGCAGACCACCUUAGCCGAUCGCUCCAUCAACUCAAGCCCACCCAGGCAUCUUUCCCAACCUACUAAGGCCUAUCAGCCGCCCCUCGAUCCUGUUGUCCAUAUCAUUCAACGCUCACCGUGCCAGCAGCCUCCAGAAAGCCCUCGCAUGCUUAGGCGAAACAUAGAAGUGAAUGGUGAACGAGGUAAUAUCAGAGAACUUCCACCUCUAAGUCCUUCCAUUGCUCGAAGAGGCAUCCCAGUACUCCCGGGUGCACUUGCAGGAACAGUACCAAGUACAACCUUAAAGACACCCGAUAGCACCACAGGUUUGGGUACGCUAGUAUCAGGGAGUCCCAGGCUUCAUCAUAAGACUGGAACUACAACUGCGGAUUCCACUGGCAGUUGGGGAAUGCGAGCUCGUAGUCCUUCACCCACAUCUGUGAUGAUGGAGAGUGGCAUAGGAAUUCGAAAGGCCAGCUUUGGCAAUUCGCUUUCAUCUGCAUACAGUCUUGGGUCGCUGCCUGGCUCAUCACCCGUUUCCAGUCCCAGAAACAACAGAAAGAUAUCAACAGGGCGACCAGGGAUGAGGGAGCGGAAGAACAGCAUCUCAGAAAUCAGUGACAAUGAGGAUGAGCUCUUGGAAUACCAUCGACGACAGAGGGAGGAGCGACUUCGAGAGCAGGAAAUGGAGAGACUGGAGAGACAGCGACUGGAGACAAUCCUAAAUCUCUGUGCUGAGUACAACAAAGGAGAGUGCAACAGCUCGGACCCACUCAGCUUUGGGAAGACAAGUUUCCUAGGGGAGUUUUCAGAUGGCUCAGUGCAGGGUGCCUCCGUCAACAGCGUCCUUGGAGGAACAUCGACCUCAGCCCCUUUGCGUCUGGCACAGAGACAAAAGGAGAGCGAUGAGGAAAACCUGAAGGAGGAGUGUAGUAGUACAGAGAGCACUCAUCAGGAGGUGAGGACAUCUCUGGCUCCGUGCACAGCAUCAGACCUACUCAAUGGAGACAAACAGCAUGAGGAUGUGGUCAGUUCAGAUCGAAUGGAGCUUGGUUACCUGGAGGAAGAGAGAGUACGUGUACUGUCACGGCUUGAUGAACUCAAAACUCGGCUGACGGAGCUGGAGCAACAAUACCAAGAGUCCAAACAAGAGGCGGAAAUGGAGUGUGCCUUGCUGCAGGGAGAGAGGCAGGCAGAACUCGACCAGAUGGAGGCAGAGACGGACAUCAUUAGUCAGCUGCAGUGCAAGCUAGAUGAGCUGGAAAUUGCCAUUCAGCGAGAGAAAGACAAGGAGAGGGCUAAUGUUGAGGCUGAGCGUCAGGCCCUGCGGACUCUCCAGGAGGGCCAUGCUGAGCUGAAGAACCAGCUGCAUAACUGUCCCGAGUCCCUGCGCGAACAGUUACAGGAACAGUUCAAAAGGGAUGGAGAAGCUCUGGAAGCAGGAAGCAAGAAAUUUGAGGAUCUGGAGUUUCAACAACUUGAGAGGGAAAGCAGCUUGGAGGAGGAAAGGGAGACAAUGAGCCAGCAGUUGCUGCAGGAGAGAGCAGAGUACCAUAGGACCGUGGCCAAAAGGAAGGAGAAAGUGACUGCUUUGGAGAACCAAGCCAACCAGUUGGGCCUCCAGGCAUCUCAGGAAUGUGAGCGUCUUGCCAAAGACAGGACCAUCAUGCUGCAAAUGCUCCAAAAGGAGAAGGAGAGGCUAUCUGCUUUGGAACAGAGGUACCACAGUUUAACUGGAGGAAAGAGCUUUCCCAAGUCCCCUACAGCCAUGAGAGAAGAGUAUGUGACAGUGAGCCAUUUGAGUCAGAUGUAUGGGAUGCCCAAGGUGGAGUCCUCUCCCACCUCUCCACUUUGCCAUCCCCUGCAGUCUGAAGCUGUAGAUACAACCUUCUCCUGCUCCCCCUCUUCUCCCAACAUCUCCUGGUCUUUCCCUGUGGAGUCUGAGGGCAUCAGGCCUCCACUGCCCAAACUAGAUUUAGAACAGUGGUACCAGGAGCUUUUGGCGGGUUCCAGCCAGCUCUGGUCUCCCCCUCUGCCAGUCAAGUCGCUGUCAGGCCGCAGGCCCGCACUGCAGGUGUUCCGCUCCAAGCUUGAAAGUGAUCCAGAGCAAUCUCCUCACAUCGCAAAUUCUGGGUCUGCUCUGCAGCAAGGAGCUGCAACAUUGGGCCGCAACACAAGCUCCAAGAGCCCGCUUCUAACUCCUAAAAACACGAGCAGCCUGCCCAGGAACCUGGCUGCCACCCUCCAGAGCAUCGAGACCAAGAGACAACUCGCACUGCAGCAAAAAGAACCUCCGGCCUCCAGUCAGCCACCCACAGAGGGAAGAUCAGCAGGUCAGCAGGUAAUUGAAGAGCAGCGACGUCGUCUGGCUGAGCUCAAGCAGAGAGCAGCAGAAGAGGCUCAGUGCCAGUGGGAGGCCCUCCAUGGCUUGCAGCCUCACCUCAUCACCUCCGCGACCCCCUACUCCCCAGCAGUGACCUACAGCCCUACAUUGAGUCACAGAUCUGCAGGCGCCCCUCCUCUGGUCCAGCACUCCAUCCUACACCACCAUCCAGCAUCAGCCGGAGAGCAGCCCUAUGACACACUGAGCCUGGAGAGCUCAGACAGUAUGGACACCAGUGUGUCCACAGGCAACAACUCCACCUGCUCGCCAGAUAAUUUGUCCAGUGUUGGAGGAACGGACGCGAUGAAGAUGGAAGAGAUGGAGAAAAUGCUGAAGGAGGCACAGAUGGAGAAAGCCAGACUUAUUGAGUUUCGGGAACAGGAGAGCUUCGCUCGCCAUCAAAUGUUGGAAGAAGAGCGGAGAAGGAGGGAAGAAGCAGAGAAAAGACUGCAGGAUGAAACUGUCCACCGACAGCAGCUGGUGGAGAAGGAAGUGAAGUUGAGGGCCAAGAACUUCUCCCAGGCACGUCCUAUGACACGCUACCUCCCGAUUAGGAAGGAGGAGUUUGACCUUCGUGCGCACAUUGAGACAUCAGGCCACAGCGUGGACACUUGCUACCACAUCAUCGUGACUGAGAAGAUGUGCAAGGGCUACUUGGUCAAGAUGGGAGGCAAGAUCAAGUCGUGGAAGAAACGCUGGUUUGUCUUCGACCGCCUCAAAAGGACCUUCUCGUACUAUGUCGACAAACACGAGACCAAGCUGAAGGGUGUGAUAUACUUCCAGGCUAUCGAAGAGGUUUAUUACGAUCACCUCCGCAGCGCCACCAAGAGGAGCUUUUUCAACUUGAAUCUGACGAGUAGCCCAAAUCCCGCCUUGACGUUUUGCGUGAAGACCCACGACCGCCUCUAUUACAUGGUGGCGCCCUCAGCAGAGGCCAUGAGGAUCUGGAUGGACGUGAUAGUCACGGGAGCAGAGGGGUACACUCAAUUCCUUAACUGACGACGCACGUAGCGACAGGUUUAUUUUCGGCAGGGACUCUGAAGACACUCCCCACUCCCCACAUUUGUAGUCCGCAGUUUAGUUGCGUGUUUUCUUUUUUUAAAAUCACACGAUGUCACGGUGUCUUCAAUGCCACUCAUUGAAAAAGGGAGCUCCUGGUGUACACACUUACACACACACACACAUUUACACACUUCUGUAUAUAAACCAAAAUGUACACCUUUCAAAGACUUUAGAAAGCUUUUCUAUAUUGCCAAAUGGAGAUCUUUUGUAUACUUUUUUUUUAACUCGGUUUAAAAGCUUGCCAAAUGUCAACAACCUCUGUAUUUAUUGGAGCUGCCGUAUACACAGCGAAAAGGUACACUUGUUAAGCAAAAGCUCUGCAUCCUCCUCCUUAUUUUGCUCAUGUGCUGCUCCAUCAAACAGCUUUGAAGGCCUGCUCCUGAUCACACACAACAUUGACAAAGGUUGCAUGUUAUGUUUCGGGUCAGUUUCCAGUUACACUAUUUGGAGUCAUUCCAGCUCAGGGCCUCAUUCAGUAGUACAAUUUGACUCAUAUGGACUGUCUUUCGACCCUUACGGUACUGAUAAAAGUCUUUUGGUGUAGUUAAAUGAUAUUUUUGAAAUUCAAGGUACACAUAUUUUGCUUCUGGAUUAGAGGGACCUAUUGGCUCUUGUAAAACUCACUCGCUAUUAAGUUCCAUAAAUUGUAUCAACCUCAACCCAAAAACAAUUUUGAGUCUCAGCUCGGAGUGACUGAAAGUGUUUUGUCAGCAUCUUCUGGCUUACCGAAUGCUUUACAUGGCAAAGCUAAUACGUAUCAUUGGUUGCAUUCGCUGGACACUUAAGUACUUAAGUUGAAUUCCACUCUGAUAACUGUGCACCGAAUAUUAAAACAGGUGGUGUUCCUUACCCUUCAGAUUAAGUAUGUAUUAAAACAUGCUUCUAAAAUAAAAUGUGUGAAGAAAAAAAACAGCUCACACCCCAACAUACAGGUAUACUGUAUGUCAGCAGUACAGCCCUCAGUUGACUCAUGGAUAGGAAUGUGCAGCUGUGUCAUGUCAUCAUGUUGCCAUUAUUAUUAUUUUUUUAAAUAAAUGAAUGUUGCAGGCCUUUAACUAAGGUAACACCACCGUUCGUAAGCCAGCAGUCUCAGAAGGCGGAAAGCAAACCAUUUUGCAGAUGCCAGAGAUAGCCGAUAUCAAACAAAUCAAAUCUUGACCCCCAAAAAAAGAUUUUCAUCACUAUUUUUUUUCUUCGACAAUUUAAACAGUGUGAAUGCACGACUAAAAUUUUGUUUAUUAAAAAAAACAAAAAACACUGGACAAAAAAAAAUUGCCAGUGUGCCCAUUUUGAUGAUCCGAACCCUUUCAAGCACCCUGGAGCCUGAUAACAUGAAAAUCUGUCCAUUGUAGUAACCGCUGUCCCUGAAAGGGUUAAUAAUGUUUUUCUAUACUAACAUCUGUGGGUAUACUGAAUCUGUCUAUAUAUACUGACAUAAAAUUCAAAAGUGUGCCUUUAUCAAACAACUGCAUGCACAUCCAGGAUAUAGGCACAAGCCAAAUGGUUGUAAAGUUGAAUAGUAGUUUACCUCACUUAAUGGUCUCAACUUUGAGUAGCUUUGGUUUCUGACUGGCUUUCAAGGAGGAUGGCAUACUUUACCGUGGCCAUCGAGGUUCAUGCAAAAAUGUGCUAUUAACCGUCCCGAAAAUCCAAACAAAUGAUGUAUGUUUUGGAAUUAUAAUUGACCGCAUCAGUCAUUUCCCAUUCAGCAGCACGAAUUCAUUGCACCAUUGGUGCCAGUGUAAAUUUCCACAGUGAUUGUGAAUUUGAGUCAGCAGAUCUGUCGUGAAUGUACCGUUUUGUAACAAGCACGGGAGGAGGAUCUGGAACUGCGUGGUUGAGUGGGUUAGUCGAAAUAAUUUAAGGUUUUUGUGCCUCAGAUAGUGACCUUUACCUCUUCAAAAUAUUCUAAAGACCUUAAUAUAUAUGAUGUCAUCCUUGCCUUUACUCUUCCUGCACACUUGGCGUGUGCAAACCAAAUUUGACAAUGGCAAGGCUGUGAAAUCCUUUCAGUUGAUAUGCUGAUGUUGUCGAUCUUGAAUCAAAGUAAAGAUAUACUGUAUAUAUAUAAAAAAGAAGCCUGGAUGGUAGUAUAUGAUCGAAAUGAAACACUACAAUAUCAUUUUGUUCUUUAUUGUUGUCCAUUUUAUUUCAUGACUGUUACAUUUCAGAUUGUAUGGUACUGCCGUGAUGAGUUGUAUCUUCAUUAAAAACACACACCCCAUAGCCCCACACCCCCACACACAUACCACUUUUUUUUAUUAUUAUUGUUUUUCCUGCAGUUAUUGGUCCCUUGUAAUGUAUCAUCUUCCACUUUGAGUUGAAAAACAUGGAUUUGUCAAUCCUAUUAAACCAGUUACAGAG